UAACUCACUCUCUCUCUCUCUCUCUGUCUCUGUCUCUCUCUCUAUAUAUUUAUAUAUAUCCGGUACAAGAUUAUCUACAUAAAUAUAUAAGCUUUGUGGGUCUCUUUGGAGUCCUCUGAGAUCUACUGCCUGUGUAGGACUUUAGAUUAGGAGAUAGAGAUUGGCAGAGAAACUGAAACAGAACAUUAUAAGUGAAGGGGAAGGCUCACAGAGGAAGGUUGAGGAUUGAUGCCAAAGGUAGAGUACCGAAUGAUUGGAGCGGUUGAAGUUCGUUCCAUGGAUGGAGUUGAGACCGUCUGUUAAUUUUGCUCUGUAAUUAUAGUAAUUGGCUUGAAGUUUCGCGAGGAUUGUAUGGACACUCUGUUUAUUCUCAGGAUAUGAAUAGAAAAUUUAAUGGGCUAAAGUUUACCGUGCAAUGGAAACCAUUUGGAUGUGGUUUAAUGAUAAUGUAGUAGCCAUUUGGAAAAGUUAGGUUUGAUCUGCGCAACUGUAUUAGAAUAGCCUGCGCGACUUAUCCGGAUCUUCAUUUGUUGCUCUAUCCUUACCUGUUUAUGUCCUCCAAAGACAGUAAAUUGGGUUCAUGUAUUGUGGCAUAUUAAGUUGGUGCUAGUGCUUUUUUCUCUCCUGCUGCCUCAGUUUGUGAGUAGUUUUGCAGAGUAGUUCAGGAAGGUCAUCCGUAAUCCAUUGCACUGGAAAUUUGGUUUCUCCUAGAGUUGAUAGCUAUGGAAUCCGCCAAUCCUAAUGCUAACAUUAUACCGGGUGUUCUACAGCGGUUGAUUCCUGUUGUUGGACCUGUGCUUCUGAUUUCAGUUGGAUAUAUUGACCCUGGAAAGUGGGCAGCAACUGCUGAAGCAGGUGCCUGUUUUGGCUCUGACCUUGCAGCAUUGAUGCUUAUUUUCAAUUUGGCAGCUAUUUUAUGUCACUAUCUGUCAGCUCGGAUUGGUGUAGUCACCGGAAGAGAUCUUGCACAGAUAUGCAGUGAGGAGUAUGACAAAGGCACUUGCAUAUCCUUAGGAAUUCAAACUGAGGUUUCUGCGAUCCUGUCAGACCUAACCAUGGUCCUUGGCAUUGCACAUGGGCUUAAUCUUCUGUUUGGUUGGGACCUGUUCACUUGUGUCUUUUUGACUGCCGUUAAUGCCGUUCUAUACCCUCUUUUUUCCACCUUCCUGGAAACUUGCAAGGCGAAGGUUGUAUGCAUAUAUAUUACAGGAUUUAUACUCCUUUCCUUUGUUCUUGGAGUAAUUAUCAGUCAACCAGAAAUGCCCCAUUCCAUGAAUGGGAUGCUAACAAAGCUGAGUGGGGAGAGUGCAUUUGCGCUGAUGAGCCUUCUUGGAGCCAGCAUAAUGCCUCACAGUCUGUAUUUUCAUUCUUCUAUUGUGCAGCAAUAUCAGCAGCAGGCAACUGUUCCCAAGGAUGCUUUGUGUCAUAACCAUUUAGUUGCCAUCAUAUGCAUCUUCAGUGGUAUUUACAUGGUGAAUUAUGUCCUUAUGACCUCAGCAGAAAAUUUAUUCUACAGUACAGAGACAAGUUCAGGCCUUGUUCUUACGUUUCAGGAUGCAAUGUCACUAAUGGAACAGGUCUUUUGCGGUCCAAUAGUGCCAGCUUCCUUCUUACUGGUUCUCGUUCUGUCAAAUCAAAUUACAACAUUAAGCUGGAGUCUGGGUGGGGAAGUAGUCCUGAAUGAAUUUUUGAAAGUGGACCUUCCUGGUUGGCUUCAUUGUGCUACAAUCAGAAUUAUUGCCAUUGUUCCAGCCCUUUAUUUUGUUUGGAGUUCGGGAGCUGAAGGAAUGUAUCAACUGCUUAUAUUCACACAAGUUUUGGCAGCUCUGCUACUGCCACCUUCUGUGAUCCCUAUUUUUCGAAUUGCUGCUUCAAGACCAAGAAUGGGCGUCCAUAAAAUUUCUCAAUUUGUUGAAUUCUUAUCUCUGAUUACGCUUAUUGGGAUGCUUGGAUUGAAAGUUAUAUUUGUAGUAGAAAUGAUUUUUGGGAAUAGUGAAUGGGGUGGUAACUUGAGGUCGAACAGCGGUAGUAGUAUGUCACUAUUCCUCACUGCUUGUGCAUCAUUUUGUUUGAUGAUUUGGCUGGCAGCUACCCCAUUAAAAUCUGCGAGUGUCCGAUUAGAGGCUCAGGUGUGGAACUGGGAACUGAAGGGUACACCAGAUUCGUUGAAAAAUGAAGAGGAGAGUAACAUAGCUGAACCUCAGUAUCAGAGAGAGGCAAGUGUCCAGAACCAUGAACCAUCACCAUCAUUUGGGUUGGAUGCUGAUUCAGAAGUUGCAAAUUUUGAUCUUGAUCUGCCUGACACUAUCGUGGAGGCUGAUCAGGAACUUCACCAAACAACUGUAGGGGAGAAUAGUAAUUCUCAUAUUACCUUUCCUACCUCCCCUAAAAGCUGCAUGGAGGGAUCCACAUCUGCAGUGGAGUCAGUUCCAGUCGCAACUGUCGUUAAUGAUGUUUCUGAUGUCACAUUGGAGGACACCAGUGCACUGAAGGUCAAGUCAACAGAAAUUGAGAAGACAGUUGAAGUUGAAGGAGUUGAAGGAGACUUACCAACCGAAAAAGAUGACGAUGAGGGAGAUACCUGGGAGCCUGAAGAAUUAUCAAAAGGGGUUUCUGGGAGCACUGCGCCAUUGGCCUCCGAGGGGUCAGGAUCAUUUAGGACUCUAAGUGGAAAAGGUGAUGAUUUGGGGAGCAGUACAGGAAGCCUUUCAAGAUUAGCAGGGUUGGGGCGUUCUGCAAGACGUCAACUAGCUACUAUGCUUGAUGAAUUUUGGGGACAAAUGUAUGAUUUCCAUGGGAAUGUAAUUCAAGUCGCAAAGGCAGUGUCGUCCUCGCCGAAGGUUGAUACUGGUGCAAAGGAAUCUUUGGGAUACUUUCCAUCUGUAGGAGGCAGAGGAUCUGAUUCUCUUAUCAACUCAAGUUUAUAUGACUCUGCAAAGCAGCAUAUGGUUCAAAGCAGUUUAGAGUCAUAUGCGGUCCAAAGGGGAUCUUCCUCAUUGUUGCCCAGCCACAUGCAGUUGUUAGAUGCGUAUGUGCAAAGUUCAAGCCGUAGCAUUAUUGACUCUGAUGAGAGGCGCUAUUCAAGUGUGCGCAAUAUCCCAACUUCUGAGAGUGGUGGGAAGCGCUAUCCAAGUAUGCGCAGUAUCCCAACUUCUGAGAGUUGGGAUUACCAGCCAGCUACAGUACAUGGUUAUGAGAUUGCAUCGUAUAUCAAUCGAUUGUCAAAGGAAAAAAAUUCUGAUAACUUGAACCCUCAAAUGGAGCCAUCAAUCCUAAAGUCCGGUUCUUCGUUGGGUGCUGAAAACUACAGAGAUUCACUUGCAUUUACCAUGGGGCAGAAGUUGCAAAAUAGGUUAGGAUCUGGUCAGGUCUCCAAUUUUCAGAACUUUACAGUAUCUAGAAAUAGUCCAAUGCAAUCUGGAAGACCGUAUUAUGAUCCAUGCUCUUCUGGAAUUGCUGAGAAUGUGGCAAGUCCAGCCAAUGCAAAGAAAUACCAUAGUUUACCAGACAUUCACCGGGAGCUUUACAUGCCUGAUAAAAAUGCUAACUGGGAAAGUUCUCUCGGGUAUGGAUCAUCUCCUGGGAUGGCUGGUUAUGAAUCAUCCUUGUAUUCAAAUUCUGGGGCACGAACAAGAGCUCCUUUGGCUUUUGAUGAACUCUCUCCAAAAGUCUACAAUUCUCUGUCAUCACAACAGAGUUCUACUUUUAACACUGGGUCACUCUGGUCUAGACAGCCUUUUGAGCAGUUCGGUGUGGCUGAUACUAGUCGUACUAUUGGUAGUGGAAUUGGUAAUAGGGUAGGUUCUGUAAAUCAAGAAUCUACUUCGGUUGCAUAUUCAGAGGCCAAGCUUCUUCAGGCUUUCAGGCAUUGCAUUGUGAAGCUUUUGAAAUUGGAAGGGUCGGACUGGUUGUUUACACAGAAUGAUGGGGUUGAUGAGGAUCUAAUUGAUUGCGUGGCUGCAAAGGAGAAAUUUCUUUAUGAAGCUGAAACUAGAGAGAUAAAUCGAACAGGUCAAGUGGGCGAGCCUCAGUACCAUUCUUCAGAUACGGAGUCUGCUUCAGCAUUGAAGAAUAAUGAUUUGAGUUAUAUUAUGAUUUCCUCAGUUCCACAUUGUGGGGAUGGUUGUAUAUGGAAGGCAGAUUUGGUAGUAAGCUUUGGGGUUUGGUGUAUCCAUCGCAUUCUUGAUUUGUCACUUAUGGAAAGCCGGCCAGAGCUAUGGGGGAAAUAUACCUACGUUCUCAACCGACUUCAGGGGAUUAUUGAUUCGGCAUUUUCAAAGCCUCGUUCUCCAAUGUCACCAUGCAUCUGCCUUCAAGUUCCCGCGGCACACCAGCUGCAAUCGAGUCCAUCAUUUUCUAAUGGAAUACCUCCUCCUGCAAAACCAGCCAGGGGAAAAUGCACAACGGCAGUAACGCUUCUAGACAUGAUCAAGGAUGUGGAAAUUGCAAUCAAUUCUCGAAGGGGCCGAACAGGGACAGCAGCUGGUGAUGUAGCUUUCCCAAAGGGAAAAGAAAAUCUGGCAUCUGUCCUCAAACGCUACAAGCGUAGAUUAUCCAACAAAACUGUUGGCACUCAUGAGGGUCCUGGUUCGGGCAAGUCUCUGACAUCUGCUCCUUAUGGGUAAAUAACUCUCAGUUUCAUACACAGACACAGUAUGUCUCAACCGGGCUAUCGAGCUGUUUGAUUCUGGGAAACGGCUCAUCUUCUGGAUCAAAACGCUCAGUUAAGACAGUUUCUCUCACUGUAUCAAAGCCGUCGCUGCAAUUUGUAUGUCCUUGUAUUUUAACAUAUGCAUAGGUAAGAAUUGCUGGAUCUGUAAUUGCAGCAUCAUCAAAGAAAAUGGGUGGAAGGUUGAAAAUUGGUUGUUGCA